AGGAAGAGAUGAAGGGGAGCAGAGAGAUUUGGGCAAUCAUGGCCCGAGGAGGAAAAUUGAUUGACGAGGAUGAUGAAUGUAAUUUCACUCUGGCUGAUGAUGACGGUGAUGAGCCGCAGAAGCAGCAGCAGCAACGAACAGUGUGCGCAGCGAGUGGGGGAAGGGGAAGGGGAAGGGGUGGUGAGAGGAGAGGAGGGGAGGUGAGAAGGGAAUGCCAGGCUGCGGUAGUAGAAGGCGAUUGAUCGCAACACGCUAAGUGUGUCUGGCCAGUGGUUCACGCGUGACCUAGCGAGGCAGCAGCAGAAGAAACGGUGAGUCGAUGCAAGCGAAGCAAAGCCAAGCAGACAGAGCAGAGCAGAGUUGAGCUGAGUUGAGCUGAGCUGAGCAGGGGAAGGGGCAGUGUCCUCAUUCCCUCUCAGUGGUGGCUUCGAGUUGAUGACGUUAAGGAGGAGAUUUGCGGAGGAGUGUGUAAUGUGGGUCUCAGGGCAGCAGCGAGGCUGGGUCGCUCUUCUUCUCGGAGCUAGACCGCAAUUGCCUGCCAGAAUAAUGUGCCCGCCCACAGCUUGUGCGUGGCAGAUCCGCGUCACAUGUGGGCGGUGACCGGAUAUGUUAGUUUAUUGGCAUUAGGAGGAUGUGACACACGCGACGAGAACGAGAGAUAGAGAUAGAGAGAUAGAGCAUUGUGCAGCUUUUGUACAUACAGCCGUCGUCUUCUUCUGUGUUAUGACGAGGUUCGCAUGCAAAGAGGAGGAGGAGGAGGAAGGCGGGCUCGAGGCAGCGAGCAAUCAUGCAUGACGAGCACCUUCGGAGCGAUCGGUGACGAGCAGCAGCGUUGAAGGCGAGGGCGAUUGAUUGACCCCUGGAGCUGGAGCUGGACCAGUUCGGUUCCAACAUCAGCGAGUGAGUGGCAGCCAUGAGGUCUCUGACGGGCCCGGCCACUGCCGGCUACACUCGGGUGCUGUCAGAUCGACUGGAAUGGGAGGGUCAGUGGGCGAACAUCGCCUCGGAGAUCCUGGUGUUGGUGUUGCAGAAAGUGCAGGAGCGAGCUGCAGCUGACAAUGACGAAAUGCGCAGAGUGGUGGCCAUGGCAGCAGUGUGCCGGAGCUGGCGUCUCAUCAUCCAAUCGCAUAUUGCGUACAACCCAUUUUCCUCCACCGGCCUGCUUCAGUUCCCUUCGGCCCUGCGCGAGUCGGGGCCCCCUGAUAAACCUAUGCAAUGUGUCAUGCGGAGGAAAGGGGGCACUUUUGUUCUGUACCAGAGCGAUUGCGGUUCCGGACAGGAGCUUCGAGAAAGUAAGUGCAAUUUCAUGUUGGGCGCUUGUAAGCGGUGGAGGCCCGGCCAUAUGAUGUUCAUGAUCAGCGCAGACAGACGGAGUUUCUCUCGCAGGUCGUUUGGGUUCAUGGGCAAAUUGAGAUCAAAUUUCUGGGGAACGGCGUUCGUGCUCUGGGAUUAUCACAAUUCUGGGUCUUCGAGAGAUGGCACCAGUAAGGCGAGGCCUGUGACUUUCGUUAGAUUCACGGAGGAUGUGGUGGAUGGGGUGGGCCAGAGGAAGAUGACAUGCGUGGUCAGAGCCCCGAGAAACAAGCCCCGAGGUCUGGGCUGCCCCAUGUCCCAGCACGGCAUGAGCGCCUGCUUUUCUCCUCUGGCAGCGAAGACGUUCUGGAGGUGGAGCUGCAUCUCGAACAUGAACAAUUCCUUUCGAUCGGCCCAUGCUCCGCGUGGAUACCAAAGCUUGAGAGAAGACAUCGGCAAGUCGAUCAUCGAGGAGAAAGCUAUGACGAGGAGUGAUUCCCCUCCCAUGGACAAUCUCCAGAAAAAGUUGAAGCUUAGUGGAGUGCCCGGGCUGCUGAAGAAGGGAGAGAAGGUUGCCAUGUUCACCAGCAAAAUUCCCGAGUGGGACGUCCGACGACAAUGCUGGUCUCUGGAUUUCAAGGGCCGUGCCACCCUGCCAUCGAUGCACAACUUUCAGCUCCUGCUGCCGGAAGGGACCUCGAGGUCGCUGGAUGUGAGCAGCAGCGAAGAUGGCGAAUCCAGUGAUGAAGCACGAGACAAUGAAGACCGCAGAGAAGACUCGGUGGUGAUGCAGCUGGGCAAAAUAGGCAAAGGCCUGUACGCUCUGGAUUAUCGGUAUCCUCUGUCCGCAUUCCAAGCUUUCAACAUCGCCCUCAGCAGUUUCGCAACGACCGUGGGCGUCGAACCUUGAGCUCAGAAUUGCAUCUUUCUACGUCCAAGCUCACCUCCGUCUCUGAAUGUGCACUUGAAUCGAGCAGCGAUUAGAUUCCUCCAUCUCUGGUCCCGAGGAGGAGGGCUCGACAAACCUCUUCUGUGAUGAACGAGUAAGAUCUACGACCAGGUCCCGGUCGAAGAGCUCUGAUCGGCAUUCACCUUUAACAACCGUAUGAUCUCUGGCUGAAACUUGCUGAUCUAGCACGAAACUGAGCCUCAUGAUUCGACCUUGUUUUUCGUUUCUGUCUCGACCAAAUGCACUAGAAUAGAUUUGUUCUAGUUACAGCUCUCCACAUUCAUUCUGUGUCCAGUUUUAUCACAGCAUCAUCGUCCUGGGACUGUGAAGUUCUUCUCAUGCAAACGAUUAGAAUUAGAAAUCUGCGUUCUGCAACUGUGUGCACGUUCUGUACAAAAUUCUUAGCCGUCGUCGUGAGAGUAUUGUCAUUCCGAAGCGGUUUCGCAGUCAGCCAGCCGCCAAGGCGGAUGUCGUCUCGUUUCUAGUUCUCUGUGGUUGUCGAUCAGAUGUAGUGAGAAUCACGUUGGGCCGCUCGCUGUUCAGCCAGCCGAGCACUUGUGCCCAACCGAUUCCGUGACAGGAGAGCUUGGAGCUCUCACAAGAUUGUCCAGUCGAGGAAUAAAUUUAGAAAUUCGCUCGACAGUGAGCUUAUCUUCGGGUCGCGAGAUGCGGGCGAUGGAGGGGACCAGUUUGUGGAAUGUACGCUACGCCAAGUCCGCCGAAGAUUCGCGGGCGUCAUUUCUCCAUCUCCUCCAGCCAGGCCUUGGCUCCAAAUAGAGCUUCGUGCGUGCACAGCACAGCCUCCGAGGCGUCAGUAGUGUCCCUUGCGUGUGAGCUGAAAUGCGUUUUGAUUGUCCCAAUGUCAUAUUUGUAAUCCAGUCGGCCGAACGGUACACUCCAUCGUGCCUUGCCAUCUUUAUAAUCGAAUCCUAAUCCUGGAUCCAA